CAAACAGUCGAUCCAAAGUUUAAACAGAAGAGCGUACCAAAUCGGUUCAUAAACAUGGAAUUAUUCCAAAAGAACUUAGUUAGUCUACUGAUUUUCUUGCUUAUACUAAUAAUUCGGACAAAAGGCGCUGAUGUCAUCACCAAUUACGAAAGUGAUUACCUAGUGUCCUAUGCGAAUCGUAUGAAAUCCGGGAUGAACUUGAGUGCGGAUCCUUGUGACGACUUUUACGAGUACUCUUGUGGAAAUUAUCGUUGGAGCGCCGAGCUGUUAUACAGAAUGUUGCACACUUGGGAAGGUGACUACAGCUUAAAAUACCUCGAGGACAAGAUGGAACAUUUAUUGGGCAGUAUUGAUCUGGCGGAGUCCCUCAAUGUGUCUAGCGAACUGAAGCUGGCCCAAAGGUUCUACAACGCCUGUCUGAAAGCUGAUCUCCAUCCAUUUCCUGCUGCUGAUCCACACUAUCUCACACUCAUUCGUUCGAUCGGAGGCUUUCCCGCUGUGGAUGGAGCCAACUGGAAUGCCUCCACCUUCAGCUGGUUCAACAUGAGCGCCCACUUAAUCAACUACGGGGCAGAGGGUCUGAUAGACGAUUAUUUCGAUUGGAAAUUUCCUUUUCAGCCUAAGCUUUGUUACGAACGCAUUGGUUUUGAAGAAUACGGGAACUCGAUUCCGAACGACGAGGAACGAAUGAGCGGUUACCUGAGGUCCUUUCAGUUGCCGGAGGAUAAAAUUUCGGAAGUGGUCGCCGGUGUGUUUGCAUUCCGGAAAGAAGCGUGGUCCAUAGAUCACGAGCGACAGCCAGGAAACUGCGAAGCCUUCGAGGCCAAGUACUUCGAGAUCGUUUGGGACGGGGAUAAGAUCGUUUGGAACAAGGAUCAACAAAGAAAAGACGAGGACUGUUCUUACUACGUUGUAGAGUUGGACAAGGUAUGUGCCCGUCAUCCAGAGGCGGUGGCCAAUUAUCUGGCCAUGAAGCUGCUGCGCGCAUUGGAUGCCAAACUCCGCAACUCUGAAGAACAAAAACAGUAUUGCAAGAAUGAACUGCAGAUCUCAAUACCGUUCCUCUUCAGCAAACUAUUUUUGGCGGAUCACAUUCCUAAGAAAAUAAAGUUGGAAGUGUCGGAAAUUGUGGAGGAAGUACGGAAUAGUCUGCGCAGAUCGCUGGACAAAAAAGGAGCGGAUUUGAUUUGGGGAAAGUCUCGAAAAAUUCUCCGGGAAUUCCCCUUCAACUUUACCCAGGUCAACUGGUAUGCGGAUCGGGUAAUCUCGGAGAUUGGUAGCCUGGAAGUAGUUGACGAUAGUUACGCUGCCAUCAAUAUAAUUAUGCGACGCCUUUUUGUUAAAAGCAGUAGAUACACCGCUCGUCACUCCAUGGACCUCCCCAUAUCGUCCAAGUCACCUGAACACAUGUUGGGUAAAUUUUACGACUUCGACAGAUAUUUGCAACCACCCGUUUACCACCCCACUUGGCCAGUAUCCUUCAAAUUCGGGGCCUUGGGUAGUUUUAUUGCGCGACACGCCUACAUAAAUAAUGAGGGCUAUUACGAUGAACAUGACAAACAAAUGGAAACAGAUAAAUUGCGAUUGGCAUUCUCUGCCUAUAAAAGCCACAUUAAGCACCUUGUAGACGAUCAUAAGCAGGAUAGGAUCAACGAGACGAUGCCAGGACUUGACUUGUCGCCGGAUCAGCUAUUCUUUCUGGGAGCCACUCACAUCUUUUGCGCCGACUCCGAACCCAAAGCUAAGGAAAUAGCUCUUGACUCCUUAUCGGGAAACGAAGAGUUCCUUCAGGCCUUCAAUUGUCCUGCAGAAUCUCGCAUGCGUCCUGUUUGGUAUAGGAGACAUUAA